AUGAAGAGAAGUUUCGAUGCCUACGGACCUGCAGGAGGAGCUCCAAAGUUUGCGCGCUCUGGCCCAGUUGUGGCGCUGAAGAUGCUGGUGUCACCGAAAGAAGCAGGCACUUUGAUCGGCAAAGGUGGUAUGACGCAGAAGCAGAUCUCCGAUAUCACAGGGUGCAAACUUCAUCUCAGCGGCAUGAAUGAGCUGUACCCCGGAACUCAGAUGCAAGAGGUUUGUGUGCGAGCUGAGCAUCCUGACGCCGUGUCGAACGGAGUCUUGCAGAUCCUCUCGAAGCUGUCGGAAGAGACAGGCAAAGUCAUGGGUGGUGAGUGGGAGGUCGAAGAUGGCGGCGCACGAGUGCAUUUCAUCGUGCCGACUAGUGCAGCCAGGAACAUUAUCGGCAAAGGUGGAGAGUACAUCAAAGGACUACGGCAGGCAUCUGGAAUGAAGGUGCACAUCGAAGAAGUGGUGCUUGGCAACGGGGAUGCAGCAGAGCAGGUCAUAUCUCUGGCUGGUCCCUUGCUAAACAUGCAGACGGCCUUGCCCAUGAUUUUGGAGAAGGUAACGGAGCUUUCCGCACAACCAUGGUUCGGCACUUGGGCCUACAGCUGUCUGGCUGCGGGAGGAGAUGUGCAGGCCAAAGGAAAGGGUGAUGCAGGCAAAGCCAAGGGCAUGGAUGCAGGUUACAAGGGUGGAACUAUGGGCGGCUACAAUGGCUACAAGGGUGGUGGUUGUGCAUAUGGCUACGCCACCGAUGCUUAUCAAAAGGGCAAAAGCAAAAGAGACUCCUUUGACGGCGGCUUUUCAGGCAAAGGUGGAAGAGAUUAUCCUACACACGGAACUGGAGCUGCAGCAACGCAGGAGAACAUAGACAUGCUAUCGACAGCUGUUUCGGCCAUGCCUCCCAGUCUGGCUAGCGCCGGCGACAGAUCGCAGGUCCUGCAAUUCAAUUGCUCAGCAAGUUACGUCAGCGCGCUUAUCGGCAAGGCUGGUAUGGGCACCAAGCAAAUCGCGAUUACAACAGAUACGAAGAUCAUGAUUCGGGAGAUCGAUGGCAACCAAGUCGAAAAGACCGUCGUGAUAAAGGGAAAUGCGGUCAAUGUUGCAUCAGCCAAAUUGAGUAAGUUCGAGGUAGAGCAAUUGGUCCUUGAGCAUCGUGGAGGGUCCAACCCUGGCGAAGUGUUGCCACGCGACACGCGUGCCUGUGCGCUUUGCCCCGGUAUCAGCCCAAGCGACUUUCGCUUCAGUGUCCUGCCAGCCGGUGUCUCGCAGCACAAGCGUGUGGAUAGAGACAUGACCGUUGUGGCUAGCGUGUCACACCAGCUUAUCGCGGACUACAUCAAGAACCUGAGGACGAUUGAAAGCCUUCACAGCCAGUACUUCGCAAUCAUCGGGCCAAGAACCAUUCGCGAGCGCUUGCAUCAGGCCCAGUCAACGCGUAAAUGCGGCAUUCUGGUUGGUACGGACACAGCUACGGAUGCUCGAACCAGCACCAGACUGAUAGUCGAGUGCCGUCGCACGAGACGCUGGCAGACUGCGAUUGGAUUGCUGCAGGCCGUGCUGAACCGUCAGCUGGAAACGUCUGUUCACGUACAUAGUGCGAUCGUGAGCGCAUGCGAGCAUGCUACAUGGUGGCAUCACGCUCUUCAGCAUUUCGUCUCAACACGGAGGGCUCAUGAGCUGCAGCUUGACGCCAUCAUCUUCAGCGCGGCCAUUUCUGCCUGUGGGAAGGGUUCUUUGUGGCUAUCGGCACUAGCCAUGUUGGCAUCGAUGACGAAGCAGCAUCUCCUAGCCAAUCAGGUGACCUAUGGUGCCCUCGCCGCAGCCUGCGCAAAAGCGGCAACCUGGAGAGCAGCCACUGCCAUCCUGCAGCAUGGUUUACAGCAAGAUCAGACAGGCCUCAUCAUCAACAGUUCUGUGCUGAGUGCCUGCGAGAAGUCCACGGCGUGGCUGGCAGCUGUUAGCCUGAUCCGGUCACUCGCUGCCAGCACUCGGUUAGACAUGAUUGCCUUCAGUGCUACAAUUUCAUGCAGUGAAAAAGCUGGACGAUGGCUCCAAGCUGUGAACAGCUUGUCCAGGUUGUUGUUGAGUGGUAUUUCUCCGAGCGUCGUAACGAUGAAUGCCUUGGUCAGCGCCUGCGAGUGGAAUGGUCAAUGGGAGCGGGCUUUGGUGAAGCUCACUUUGCUAAGAAGGCUACUUCAGCCAGAUGUCGUGAGCUACACAGCCGCCACAGCAGCGUGUGGUGCAAGCGGCAAGUGGCUAGAUGCCAUGCUGCUGUGGGCAGCCAUGAGUUCUGGUGGAGUGAUCCCGAACAUAGUCAUGCGCAAUUCGCUGAUCAGUGUAUGCGAAGAGUCUGGGCAAUGGGAGAUGGCAUUGCACGUGAUCGAGCGCAAAACGCCGCUUCGGGCCUACACGACUGAAUUCGAUGGAAUCAAGCUCUGCAUCUUUUUGGGUCCCUCUUGCAGCGGCACCAGCAACUGCAGCCAACCAUUGUAA